GCUUCAUUUUGUAGCGCCAUCUUCAGUGCAUUUCAGGACUUGUAAGGCGAGGAAAUGGCAUUCACAUUUGCUGCGUUUUGUUACAUUUUGGCUCUAAUUUUAACGGCGUUUUUGAUAUUUUUUGCUAUUUAUCACAUUAUUGCAUUUGAUGAACUAAAAACUGACUACAAGAACCCAAUAGACCAGUGUAAUAGUUUAAAUCCAUUGGUGCUGCCAGAGUAUGGGAUCCAUGCCCUUUUUACAAUCUUAUUUGUAUUUGCCUGGCAGUGGGGCACUGUACUGCUGAAUGUUCCCCUAAUUGCUUACCAUGUCAACAGGUGCCCCUAUCAGAGGAUACUGGACAAGGAGGAUCUCACAUGUAGGCUCAGAGAAGAAAACUGA